UUCGCCUAAUCCAGCCGCGUUGUUUUUUUCCGUGUUGCCCUUUUUUUCCUGAAUCGUGAUUUCGACAAGCGUCGGCGAUGUGAAUUUCAUCGUGACAUCGCUGGAUUUGUCACCCGCCUCACCAAAAAAAGAUGCAUUUGUUCUUCUGUCAUGGAGGCUUUUUUAUUGUGGACUAUUAAGAUGUAGUCCACCUUCGCUGGACAGCAAAACAAAGACUGCAUAUUAGCAGUUCAGGGUAAAUACAUCGCCUGUUUUUUUUUUUGACGUAAAGAUGGGAAAAAGAGACGUAUCGAGGCUGUUGUCUAUGUGGACUAAUUGUUCUGGUGCCACUAGCCAAUAUACAUGCCAAGACGAUUCAUUUAGGGGAUGCGCGAUCUUUUUUUCCUCUCUAUGGUUUGUGGGUGGGUUAUUAUAAGCAUUGAAAAUCUGACAUCAUUUGGAUUUAUACGAACAAGAACAAGAUUUUUGAUCGCGUCUGUUUUUUAGCCUCCUGGAAAUCCAUACUCGACGUGAUGCAACAUAAAAUCUGUUUGUCGGAUGAUAUUCAGACACAGAGCAAAAUGAACACAUCCCUCUGUAUGAAGCUGUAAAGGGUGGCAGUGGAUAUUUUUUUAUACAUGUCUCUUGUUUUGGCACAGUCCUCCUCAUCCUGGAUUUGUUUGAUCAGCUGUUGAUUAUUAGGACGUCGCCUCCACCGUCUUAUGUUUAUUAUAUGUUGCUCAAUUUUCCUCGCGAUGGAUUUAUGCAUAACAGGUGUUGUUUGAGCUCGAGAGCAUCAGCACGAGCAUGAGGCUUUAUUAUGUGUUUUUCCCCCGAUUUGACAGGCGGUGAAACAAAGCGACUGGGAUCCUUUUUUUAUUGUUUUUGUCGUGCGAGACGAACAGCUCCCCCCCUCAAAAAAGCAGAAAAUGAAGCGAUGAAAGGUGGGGAGGUUGUGGACAAAGAGGAAAGAUGAGUCUGUCAUGUAGAAAAGAUCCUUACGGCCUCGCCUUGUAAAGACGAGAGAGAGCCGUGGGAGACGACGGCUGUAGGAGGAUUGGUAGUGUUUAUAAAAGGGCCCCGAACCAGGCAGGCUCAGGUGGAAGGUGACAGAAUGGCUAACCAGAGCUUUGCCAUCGAUGGCCCUGGCAGUUUGCUGGCUGUGCUGGCCUCGCAGAGCGGACUGGCGAGAGGCGGCAGCAGCAGCAGCAGCAGCAGCAGUGACGGCAGCAGUGGAGGAAUCUCUGCCACAGAUGUGUCUGCCUACUUUAAGCUGGUCUUCUUGGGUUUGAUCAUCUGUGUCAGCCUCGUAGGCAACCUCUUGGUCUCCCUGCUGGUCCUACGAGACAGGACUCUUCACAAGGCUCCCUACUUCUUUCUCCUGGACCUGUGCCUGGCCGAUGCAGUCCGCUCCGCCGCCUGCUUCCCCUUCGUCCUGGUUUCCGUCCACAACAGUUCGGCCUGGACUUACAGUGCCUUGAGCUGUAAAGUUGUGGCUUUCAUGGCCGUGCUGUUUUGUUUUCAUGCUGCCUUCAUGCUGUUUUGCGUAGCCGUCACCCGCUACCUUGCCAUCGCCCACCAUCGAUUCUACGCCAAGCGCAUGACCAUCUGGACCUGCGCCGCCAUAAUUUGCAUGGUGUGGACUCUGGCAGUUGCAAUGGCGUUCCCACCUGUCUUCGACGUAGGGACAUACAAGUUCAUCCGUGACGAGGAUCAGUGCAUUUUUGAGCAUCGCUACCUGAAGACCAACGACACCCUGGGCUUCAUGCUUAUGCUUGCUGUGGUGGUCCUCGCCACUCACGGCUUCUACGCCAAGCUGCUGCUCUUUGAGUACCGGCACCGCAAGAUGAAACCAGUCCAGCUGGUGCCGGCCAUCAGCCAGAACUGGACCUUCCAUGGUCCUGGGGCCACCGGUCAAGCUGCGGCCAACUGGAUCGCAGGGUUCGGUCGUGGUCCCAUGCCGCCCACUCUGUUGGGCAUCAGGCAGAAUCUACACAAUCAACACCGGCGGCUGCUCGGGAUGGAAGAGGUGAGGUCCGAGCGGAGGCUGGGCAGGAUGUUCUACACCAUCACCCUGCUCUUCCUGGUCCUCUGGGCUCCCUACAUUGUGGCGUGCUUCUGGAGGGUGUUCGUCAAGUCCUGCACCAUCCCUCACAGGUACCUCUCCAUCACGGUGUGGAUGAGCUUCGCCCAAGCCGGAGUCAACCCCAUCUUCUGUCUCCUGCUCAAUGAAGACCUGAGGAAAGUGCUGCGAGCUCACCUGCCCACCUACUGGAGGACUAAACAACAUCUGCCCCAGGAUGAGGCCUACUGCAUCAUGUGAUAGCUUAAAGAAGGGAAUGUUUCAGGUUUAAAGGGACACUUGGAGAUGAUGUAUUGCACCUUGGUUAAGUGUCUGUUUUGUUGUAUUGCACAACAAAAUCAAAUUAUUGCCAACAAAAGCAGGCACAGUGCCAUUUCAUAAAGAAUGUUGAUAUUUGAAUAAAUGUGUCCGGUGCAAAGGUUUGACUGGGGCGAUACAAAAAAAGCCCUGGAAACACUUUUAACAGUUUGUAUUUCUGCUGAUGUACUGUAUGAUUAAUAAGUAGGAACGAUCACAACAAUCACCCCUCCAACUAAGUGUGACAGAUGCCAUUUUAAAAUAAUGUUGCCUUAUUUCAGUGGGACACGCCCCAGAGCUUUCAACUGAGAAUAAGUUUGUGUGUCAUAUGAGGCACAAAAACAGACACACAGAGGGUUGAAAUCCUUGAAGAAAUGUGCUGCGGACUGUGAAUAGAAAGUGUUGAUCAGAGCGUUACUAACUCUGAGACACAUCAAGGAACUCAAAGGGUCUGAAUGGAUUUAUAGACCACCCCGGACGCCUUUUCAUGUAAUUCAAAGAAGACUGCAGAAUAUCGAAUGGACCCAAUAACCUUGGAUACAUUUAAAUAGCUGUUGUGAACCCAAGAAGCCCCUAACAUGCUUGAUUUUUUGGACUUGAUUUAGGGCGUGUCAGGUUUCUUUGUAUCAUAAAAAAAUUGCCUGUUUUCCUUUAUUUGUAAACUAUACAUGUUAAGCAGAUGACACUAUUUUGAAAUAUGACUUGAUUUCAUAUUGUAUAGACUGUACAGGAAUGUAUAUUCCUGCUUGUGUGUUUUUAUAUAGCAAUUGUGUGUAUGUGUGUGUGCGAGAGGAAGAGGUAGAAGGAGAGGAGAGGAGGCAGGGAGACAGAUGAGAGAAAUAAUGAUGAUAGAAUAGGUUCCAGUUAUAUUGAGUCAGUAUGAAAGCAGCCUCAUCUUGGUGUCUCAAAAUCAUGCAAAAUUGAACAAUCAUCACAUGGAAAUUAAUCCUCUAAAUGGAUUUCCGUAACAGAAAAUGUAGUCUGAUUUUUUAAUGAACAAGCAAAUGGGAACUAUAGAUGGAUAAUGAAAAAGGGGACAGAAUAAUUAGAAAACAACACUUGUACAUUGCAAACAGGCCAUAGGAUUUAAUGGCUUGAAUGAUGAUGUGAAUUACGUCGAAUGGAAAAAAAAAUCAUUAACAAAUGAACAUUUAUUUGCAAAUGGUGAUCUUGGGAAUGUUUUUUAAAGUAAUGAUAUGCUCUCGCAAGAAUACUCAAAAAUGAAGAAAUUAAGUGGCUCUUAAUUUAAAGGAAACUUGAAUGUUGCUAAGCUCUUUUAUUAUUAUUUCCCCCUCGACUGAAGUAUCACCAUUUGAGUGUCCUGUAUUACAGUUACCCUCAAUCCAAACAGGUUUGAAUUUGACCACAGAGAUGUUUGAAAGACCACAUCAAGUUGUCUCUCCAAAUUAAAAUUCAUGUAAUACAAAACAUCAGACCUACAGUAUGUUAGGCAUAGAUAUAUUUGUGCAGUCAAUUUUUCUAAAUGUGGACACUUGCACAGCAUACUGUAUUAGCAUGCAUUCCACUGCAUUUCAUAGAUUCAAGACUGUGGAUUACAACUUGUACAGAUGUUGAUACGGAAAGACGAAGAGAAAAGUGAACUGAGGUCCAUAAUUUUUAC